ACCUUUGCGGUUAUGGGAAUAAUCGGCACCGCUGCGACCACUACCACCACGUGAACGCGCACGUCCCUUAAAAGGGGGAUUACGUGCGUGCGUGCACAGCUAAAGCUAAAGUCACAAAAGCGGCAACUCUUCAGUGAGGUGGGCGCACAACUUCAGCACAGAACAUCAACAAACGACCGCAGGAGCAACACGACCAGGACCGAGAGAAACCAGGAGCAGAUUGUUUGACAUGUUUGGAUGGGAAGACAGUUUAGUGAUGAUAUUUUUAAAAAGAAAGUGACAGAAGCAAUUUCAAUUAGCCUACGGAUUUUCUCACAUUGCAAUUUGGGAACGUUUUGGCUCAAAUCGAUGUGGAUGGUGUAAAGAUGACGGUGACAUAACUUUACAUAGCUGGAUCGCCGCGUUUCUCUUUCAGUAAAGUCAUCUCAAUGAAGCGACUCUAACCCGGACCGACACACGCGGCAGCCCGGGAGCUGAAGCCCACAGGACGUAAACCCCACGGCUUGCCGGGAUGGUGCGCCUGCUGAACUGCCUGCUGCUGGGAUAUCUGACCUGGAAUCUGCGGAUAUCGGACGCACAAGGGGAGUACUGCCACGGCUGGCUGGACGCUAAUGGGAAUUAUCAUGAUGGCUUCCAGUGUCCGGAGGACUUUGACACCAUGGACGCCACCGUGUGCUGCGGCUCCUGCUCGCUGCGCUACUGCUGCGCGGCCGCGGACGCACGGCUGGACCAGGGCAGCUGCACCAACGACAGGGAGGUGGACAACACCGAGUUUGCAGCCCAGCCCAUCUACGUGCCCUUCCUAAUGGUGGGAAGCAUCUUUGUUGCCUUUGUCGUGGUCGGCUCUCUGGUGGCCGUCUACUGCUGCACCUGCCUGCGUCCCAAGCAGCCGACCCAGCAGCCCAUUCGCUUCUCUCUGCGUAGCUGUCAGGGCGAAACCAUCCCCAUGAUCCUCACCUCCGCCCCCCCGAGCCUCCGAACCCCAUCGCGACAGUCCAGCACGGCCACCACCAGCUCCAGCUCGGCCGGUGGCGGCAGCUCCAUGCGGCGGUAUUCUCUCGGAGGUCAAGGGCAGCAGCACGGCUGCCUGGUGUCUGCCACCAUCUCCUCGUCAGCCUCCACCCCCACCCAGUCCCCUCAGACUCUGCCUCCACCUCCACCUCCCCCCUACACAUCCCCACCAGCACCCAUGUCAGCAGUCAUCCAGCACUCGUUGCCCUCCACCCACACUCAGCUACAUCUGCACCAGUCCUCCAUGCCCUCUCACCCCUCUCAGAGCUUCCUCCUGCCACAGCAGUACUUCUUCCCCCUGCAGCCCGACGCCUUCUCAGCGGCCAAAGGCUUCACCGACUUCGGACAGAGCUGACUAGGCUCCCAGCAGGGGAAAUAGAGGGAAUACUAGAUUUUUACACUGUUGGCUUUGAGCCUGCGAGGACAGACAGGCUAGAACACAGCUGGUGGUGUGUGGGUGGAAGGCCUGGGCCGGCUGAACGGACACAGAGAGUGCGACAGA